AUGUGUGAACAGUUUAACGGAAAAAUGUCCCUACCAUCUGCUCCUUCUCUAUCGAAUUUCAGGCCAGGUGCCGCAUGCACGAGCUAUCCACGUAGCCCGUCGCCUUGUUUAUGCUCUGAAAAGCACGCAUCUCAGCAACCCAAGAUUCAAGAAGCUCAAAAAGACGUGCGGAAAUAUGAUCUUUCUGAUCGAGAAAAACUAGACGAACAGAGCUCAUCAAAUUUGGCCACUUCCGGGUGCCACGAGAACUUGUUUUCGAAAAGCUUGGUUUUGAACAGCACUACGAAGUCUCCAGCUUGGAAACUACCUGCUGGGCUGCUCCGUUGGGUCCACAAAGCAUAUUACGGCCUUCGGCAGACUUUUCUGUCGCUGGCCGGUCCUAGAGGAGCUGAGCUUUUCGUUGUUCUAUACUUAUUGCAGCUGUUCAUUACGAUCCUGGCCAUAGGAAUAAAAGAACUCUGUUUUAGAGCAAACCUUGUGAAACAGGGCGCGAUUCUUGCACUCCAAUUGAUACCCACAGACACAGUUGACUACGCCUCUUUUACACAGUAUAUACCACACUAG